CAUAAACACACACAACCACACUCCCUCCCACACUCCAUCAAUCUAGCAGCAACUGGGGCAGCGAGCAGAAGUGUGUCAGACUUUGGGGUGCAUGUGCACAUUUACAUGUGUGCAUUCGCCAUCUAGAAACUUCUUUCUAACCAAGAAUCUUUCUUAGAGACAUUUUCAUUUCCUUUUUUUUCUGUAAAUAUUCACUCUGCUGCUGCAGGACAGUUGAAGCAAAGACAAAUUUAGUCUUCUGGAGAAUGGUUUCUUUAAAUUAACUCAACAGAACAGCUGCACGGAUUACGGACUGUCAAGGACCCCGUGGAACCUUACUUUUUCUCUCAUGAUUGCUUUCGCAUUUUUCCUGUAGUCUUGACUUUUGCUUGACUUAAACAUGUGCAAACUUUGGAGGAUAGCAGUUUUGCUCUGUGUCAAAUUGGUGGACACUGCGAAUGGAAAUACAGGACUCGUGCCGGAAAAAGGGACAGCGGCAUCCUCCUGCUAUGGAGGUUUUGACCUCUACUUUGUACUAGACAAAUCAGGAAGUGUGCAGCAUCACUGGAAUGAAAUUUAUAACUUCGUGGAACAUCUGGCCCAUAAGUUCAUAAGCCCUCAGUUGCGGAUGUCCUUCAUUGUGUUCUCCGAUCAGGGCAGGAUUUUAAUGCGGCUUACAGAAGACAGGGACCAGAUUCGUAAAGGUUUGGAGGAGCUUCAGAAAGUGCGUCCAGGUGGAGACACUUUUAUGCAUGAAGGCAUUCAGCGGGCCAGCGAACAGAUUUACUAUGGUAACACUGAGGGAUACCGCACAGCCAGUGUGAUCAUCGCCCUCACAGAUGGAGAACUGCAUGAAGAUCUCUUCUAUUAUGCUGAAAGAGAGGCCAAUCGCUCUCGCAGCCUGGGUGCCUCUGUGUACUGUGUAGGAGUGAAAGAUUUCAAUGAGACUCAGCUGGCCAAGAUCGCUGACAGCAAAGAUCAUGUCUUUCCGGUAAACGACGGCUUUGAAGCUCUACAAGGUGUCAUUGGCUCGAUCUUGAAGAAGUCAUGCAUAGAGAUCCUUGCUGCUGAACCUUCCAGUAUCUGUGCUGGAGAGGCGUUCCAAGUCGUUGUGAGAGGAAAUGGAUUCCUUCAUGCUAGAAAUGUGGACAAGGUUCUUUGCAGCUUCAGAAUAAAUGACACCCUAACCAGAAUGGUGAAGCCAUUGGUGGUGGAGGACACAUAUCUGCUCUGUCCAGCUCCUGUUCUUCGAGAGGAGGGAACGGCAGCCUCCCUUUACGUUAGUAUGAACGAAGGCUUGAGUUUUAUCUCUAGUUCUGUUACUAUCACCACUGUAAGCUGUUCUGAUGGUACGAUCCUGGCCAUAGCACUACUGAUAGUGAUGCUGCUGCUGAUUCUGGCUCUCCUCUGGUGGUUUUGGCCUCUCUGCUGCACUGUGAUUAUCCACGAGCCUCCACCGCCAAUAGUGGAAGAUAGUUCGGAUGAUGAUGAGGAUGGAACUCCGAAGAAGAAGUGGCCCACAGUUGACGCAUCCUACUAUGGAGGAAGAGGAGUUGGCGGCAUUAAAAGAAUGGAGGUUCGCUGGGGUGAGAAAGGUUCGACCGAGGAGGGUGCUAAACUGGAAAAGGCGAAGAACGCGAGGGUAAAGAUGCCCGAGCAAGAGUUUGAAAUUCCUCCUGCUCGCAUCCUAAAUAAUGGCAUGCGAAAACCUCCAGGCCCUCGUAAAUGGUACUCCCCCAUUAAGGGAAAACUGGAUGCAUUGUGGGUACUUCUGAAGAAGGGUUAUGACAGAGUGUCCAUCAUGCGACCACAACCAGGAGACAAGGGUCGCUGUAUGAACUUCACUCGCAUCAAGUCUAGUCCUCCUCCACGCUAUCCAUCUUACAACCACCAUUCUUCACCCAUCUACACCCCUCCACAUACCCUAAACCCACCCCCUCCUCAGGGCGAACUGCCGCCUCCUCCACUCGGACCACCCGCCUCCCUGUCCUCCGGCUUUCCUCCGGCACCUUCUACACCCCCACCUCACACCAUCAACCCGUCUCCACCCAUCACUCCUCCUCCAUCCUACUCUCCACCCCCCGUCUGGUCUCCUAACACUCUCUUCUUUGCUUCACCCACACCUCUGCCCUCUCUUCCACCAUCUCCUUCUGCCUCCCUGCCCCCACCCCCUCAAGCCCCACCUCCAGGCAGAGCUCCUCCUCCAGACCGCCCACCUCCUCGGCCUUGUGUGUAAUGUGGCACAUCUAAGUGGACUACUAUGAGGACUAGAAGUAAACAGGAAAUAUAAAUGUUCCAUAUUCUCCUCAAGAUUCCGUUGCUGUGUGGCCUAACGCAAUAUAACUCGAUACAAAGACUCACCUGUGGCAUCAAAGGCAUUUGCUCCUUUGAAAGAACAAUGAAAUGGAAUACAAGCCACCGUGAAACUCUAUAGGGAGCAACACUCAGAAACGGAGAAUUCACCCACAGAGCUUCUCAGCAGGCGCAAUUUGUGAGGUUAACCAAUCUUUAAGAAUGGAAGUGGCUGGUUCCAUUAAUGGAUUCAUGGAUAUUUCACAAUUGCAUGCACAUGGGACCAUCUCAUAAAAGAGAUUUUCAUAAUAGAGGAAAGAUGAAACAGUCACUUGUCGGGAGCUUUCUCAUUCAGAGCAAUGGAGAAAAUAUAUGCACAUUCUUGACUAGCGUCACCAUAUACAGGUCAUCUUCAUUAAAUGGCAAAACUAAACAUUAGGUCUUAUUUACUAAACAUUGCAUAGGUUUAUACAUACUUAUACACAAAGGAAGAAUUCUGCCAGAUUUAAAACUAUGCACAUAAAUUGGUUUUUAACUUUCUAAUGCAAUUUGUAUAAAUACACUCAUUUCAAUAUUAGGGUUUUAUGUACAAUGGAACAGUCGGGUUCUGGAAGUAAAAACAGCAUUCAUUAGCUAUGUUUCCAUCCACCUAUUUUUAUGCACAAAAAAAUGCAUAAUUAAAAUGCACAUAAAUUCUAAAAAAAUGUUUGCAUUUACUGAAUAAAUUCCUCAAUGUGCAUCAAGUAAUUUACUAUAUAUUAGGGCUGCCCACAACUAAAGAUUUUUCUGGUCGACUAGUAGUCGUUCAUUUUAAGCAUUAGUCGACAUAAAUCAUAAUAAUUGUCUACAUAGCCUAAUUAGCAAUCAAGUGAACACAAAAAAGCUUUCCACAGCAAGGAGACUGCUUUAACAUUUUUAUAAUUUAUUGAUAAACUAGUGCGCUUUUUGUUUUCGCCUUCAGAGAUAAAAGUCAGUGACACUGACUACAUGCACGUUUCAUACGGAUUACAUAAUCUGAGAAUAUUUGUUUUCUAUUUGAAUUGAUUUAUUUGAAAGUAGGCAUUUCACUCUAUUUUUAAUGUCUGUAAGACAAGUAUACACCGAUUUUCAAAGUUUUGCGCUGAAGGUCACAGAGACAGAGACGGCAGAAAGCACAUUCUGUUUGCUUUCAUUGUUUUAUGAAAGCACAAUAUUUUGUUGCCAUUUUGAAUGCAAACGUAAAAAGUCUCGAAAGAUGUAUUACUUUUAUCUGAAUGACCAAAAAUGACAGAGUAUUUUAAGUAAGUGACCUCACCGGUGCCUCAAUCUGUCAUGUAGUAAGCGUCCUACUAUUCAGCUUCCACACUCGCACAGACACAUUUUUCUGGGUUAACAUUAAAUUGAACAGCCAUGUAGAGUUGCUACUACAUACAUCUUUCAGAUGAAAAGCCAUAUUUGAGCAUUUGGAUGUCCUGACGAUGUACUAUAUUACCACAUAGACCAGCCGUUAACAAUCUGUCCGUCACGGACUGCAUGACUUCUCGUCGACUAACGCCUCUUCUCGUCAACUAACAGCUAGUCAGCUAUUAGGGGGCAGCCCUACCUAUAUAUGUAUAAAACAUACCACAGUGGUUUCUCCUACUGCAGCAAAUUACCUUUAAUGUUUGGUGCCAGUUUAUAAGGUAGCGACAAUUUUGUUCUCUUCGUCUCGCUGGAUUGAAAUAGUGCUUUAUUCAUAAAUUCAAUAUACAACAGUUUUUUCUAGUCCUUGAAUGUGUGAGUGUCAUGGCGGACACCCAAAUCUACUACACUUUCAGGAAUAUUAUUGUUUUUGUGCCAAGGAAUGUAGUUUUAAGAUUUUUAAAGCGGGAAUGUACUUGUUUAGACUUCAAAUAUGCAGUUUGUUUAUAAAGAAAACAUCUGUUCGAAAAUUAGCUUCUGUUUUUAAAGACGUGAGCUCCAGGAUGUCAGUGGUCAUCAAGUGUUCAUGAACCCGCCGAGAGCAGCCUUACCUCAGCCAGAUCUUCUGGAAUUUGCAGCUGACUUGAUGUCUCUAUAGUGGUUAAACAUGAGAUAAAAUUUGGGUAAAUCUAACAGACAGUAUUUGGUCUCCAAUCUACUAUUAAGUAGUUUUGGCUUAGGGCACAAUCAAAUAAAUUUAUGUAAAAAUAUGUGAUUCUCCUCAUAGCCUGUUGGGGAAAAUGAAUGGGAAAAAUACUUCCAGAACCAGAGCUAAAAAAAAAGGGGGUGGGUACAAAUGCACUCUAUGGAAGUGUACUUGUGGUUUCAGGUGGAUUUCACCGAUUUAGAAUUUUUAAUGAGAACAUGUUGAUGAAUCAUGAUUUCUGCAUGAAAAUGUUUGUACACUGAUUUUGCGCACAAAUAUGCAUGCACCUGCAGUUAGUAAAUCAGACUCAAUUGUGUUUAAAUCAUUCUUGAUGCGUUCUUGAUAUAAGUUUUGUCUUUCAAAAACUGAAUUUAUUUGCAAAAUUCUGCCAUGUCACAAACAUUUGUCAGUAAAAUGUCUUGCCAUAGGAAAGAAUACAGCUGUUGCUUGUUCAGGUAAUUGACAUUUUUUGUGCAAUAGUGAUUUUAGUGACUUUGAUUGGGAUGGGGGGCAUGUUGCUUUUUGGUCUUUGAAUUUAUUAACAAAGUACCAGACUAUAAUGAAUUAAAGGAAUUGUUUGUACAGAAACAGAAAUUCAUUCUGUUCAUGUUUCAUUUUUGGCGAGCUGUUCCUAAUGGAUGAUGGAUGUUGAAGAGACUAAAGGGGUUUAUGGGCACGGACUUGAAACAUCAGAGAAAAAUCUGAAAUGUAAACUAAGCAACAUCACCUUACUUUGCACAUGUCACAGUUGUAAUGGUGUAUGGGUGCAUUAUUAAAAGAUUUAGUACAAAUUAUCAUGCAUUACACAUGCUGUAUGUAUAAAUCUAUGUAUCCCUGUGUAGAUUUUUUGUAUAAGGUUUUCUUUUUUGUGUGUGUUUUUUUAUAUUAUUGAGGCAUGACUGAGAUUUUGAAUAAUGCAGAAGCAAAAGUUCCUCUGCUUUUUAUCCACCAUGAAUAACCACGGCAGAAGAUUACAAAUAGCUUUUCACAUUGGAACUGAUUUUUGCCAAAGAAAAUAUUUACAACCCUGAAUCCAACACAUUUGAUAUAUGAGUUUGUUUUUGUUUAUAAUUACAUGUUGUAUAUAAUAGUGUCAUAAUACAUCAUAGUGUCAGUUUCCACAAUCCUUUGCUUCUAAAGAGCCCUUGUAAUUUUCUGUUGAGUCUAAGUUAUUGCAGUGCCACUAUGAUGCCAAUGUUGUGUUUAUAUGACUCCCAAACCCUGUUUUGAUGAAGGUUUUAUGGGUAAUUAACAUCAGAAAAAUCAUAUAUGUACAUGUUAAUUCAUAUGCUUUUCAAAGGAAUCAUGUAAAUCAUUCUCUAAAUGACUUGGAUCAUGACUACAUUGUUUUUGUACUUUUUUAACUAUGUUCUUAUGUUUUGAAAUAAAAUGUUGUCA